AUGAAUAAAGAAUUAACGGAAAAAACAGUCAAAAACUAUAAUAAAAUAAAAAUAGAUGCAGAGCUUUAUAUAGAUCUUAAAGUUUCAGUCUGCUUUUAUGGAGAGGUUGGUAGAACAAAUUUUAUUAAGACUAUUGUAAAAGAUUUGAUAAUUAUUGAUGCUAGAGAAAUUUUGGAUUUUAAAAAUUUGUCAGGGUUUUAUGCUCUUGAAUAUGGAGAAAUAACAUUUGUAGAUGGAAUUCUUAUAUCUGCUAUGAAAGAAGGUAAUAAUAUUCUAUUUAAAAAUAUUGAUAAUAACUUUAAUUUAUUAUAUUUUUUAAAUUCGGUAAUAAAGCAGAGAAUAAUAACAAGUAGUAAAGGAGAAGUAGUUAUGGCGCACAAUAAUUUUAAUUUAUUUUUUACCUCUGAAAACAUAUUUAAAGCACACGAUUUGCAUUUUGUAGGACCUAUUGUUUAUUCCUUUAAAGAAGUACUAAAAAAUAAUAAGCUGUUUACUAAAUUUACAUCUCUUAUUAUUGAAAAUGUUCAUACUAAGUGUGAUAAUGAUGAAUUUGGAUUUUGUUAUAAAUCUUGUUUAUCAGGUAAUUUGGUGUGUUUUGAUGGGGUGACAUUAUGUUUUUCAGAAGAUAGAAAUUUAUGCAGUUUUCACUACAAAAAAAUUUUGCAAAUUUUGCCAUUUUUGAAAAUGAAAAAUUAUACUGUUGAUAAUCGAACAUUUUUAUAUGAAUCAUGUAUUAAUUUAUUUUUUAAACAUGACUCAGAAGAACUUUUAUCAAUUUUGAAUCUUAAUUACUAUCCAAAUGUUAUUAUUUAUGAUUUAAAUACCGUUAAAACUUAUGCUUACAAAUUAGCAAUACGAAAUGUCCUUAAUAACUUAAAAUUAAAUAGGUGUACUUUACUAGUUGGUGAAACUGGUGUAGGAAAAACUUCAGUUAUUCAAUAUAUCUGUAAUAAUGCUCAGCAGUAUUUUGGUUAUAAUACAACUCUUAAAAUUAUAAACAUGUCUCCAGAUAUAGAUGGUUUUGAUUUAAUUGGUGGUUAUAAAACAUUAGAUAUUUCUAAACAAAUUAGUGAUUUGUACUCUAGGCAUAAUAUAGUUAAACCUAAAAUUUUUGAUAAUAAAAUGUUGUUAAACUUUUUAAAAGAUAAAAUAGAUGAUAUUGAAAUUUUGUUUUUAGAAAAAUGUAUUGAUUAUAAAGCAAAUUUUAUAUGGAAAGAUGGGAUUUUAAUUGACGCUAUCAGAAAUGGAUACUGGAUUUUAUUAGACGAAAUAAAUUUGUGCAGUGAUGAAACGUUGGACAUGAUUGACUCUUUGUUAUCAAAGAGGGAAAUUAUUAAUUAUGAAAAAAAGAAUUUUGAAAAAAUUGAAAUUCACAAAAAUUUUAGGCUUUUUGCAUGCAUGAAUCCUGGAAAUGAUUUCGGAAAAAAAGAUUUUAUUUCUAACAAUUUUAACAGAAUUAAUUUUUUUGAUUUUACUGAUAAUCUUAUUGAUAUAAAAUUAGUUGCUAAAAACACGAUUUCUGAGAUGUUUUCUAGCGACGUAUUAGAUAGUUUUUGUACUAUUUUUUUUGAUGUUAAACAAAUGAUUAAAAAAAGGAUUUUGACAAACAAACUUGAGCCUAUAAUUUCUGGAAGAACUCUCAUCAGAUGUCUUAAUGCAUUUAAAAAUAAUACAUAUCUAAAGAAUAUUGAUAUUAUCUCGGUUUUUAUAUUAACUCAAUUUGAUUUGCAUAGUCGAUCAAUAGUUUAUUCUAAAUUUAGCAAUAUUUUUGACGAAACAAACUUAAAAAUUGUGCCUACGUAUCAAGAAGAUGAUUAUAUUUGUACUUCUAAAACACAGUUAUUAAUGCAUGAUAUUAAAAUAUGCAUCCAUUUAAAUCAACCUUUACUUUUGCAGGGUGAUACAUCUACAGGAAAAACCAGUAUAAUUUUUUAUUUAGCUAAGAGAUACGGUCAGAAAGUUAUUAGAAUUAAUAAUCAUGAGCAUACAGAAUCUUCUGAUUAUUUAGGAAAUUAUGUUACAACACCUACUGGUUUUGAAUUUAAAGAAAGCUUAUUUAUAAAAGCAAUACGAAAUGGAUGGUGGGUAAUUCUAGAUGAAUUAAAUUUGGCACAGAGUGAGGUUUUAGAAGUUUUAAAUAGGCUAUUAGAUGACAAUAAGGAAAUAUAUUUACCCCAAAAAGACGAACUAAUAAAAUCACAUCCAAACUUUAGGUUAUUUGCAACGCAAAAUAUCAAUUAUGGCGGAAGGAAAGGAAUUAGCAAAGCUUUGAGAAAUAGAUUUAUUGAAAUCUUUUUUCCUGAGCAUUCUGAAUCUGAAAUUUUAGAAAUUUUACAUUUAAAGACUAAAUUGCCUAAAAGCUUUUGUACACACAUGGUAAAAGUUUUUGAAAAACUUAAAGGGUUGAGAAAUAUUGACUACUUGAUGACACUUAGAGAUCUAUUUAAAUGGGCGAAAAGAAUACCAAGAACUCUUUAUGAAGUUUAUGAAACUGGGUUAUCUAUUAUUUAUGAGAAGCAACGACUGGAUGAAGAUAAGAAAAAAGUUUUAGAAAUUUUUAAAAAUGUUUUUACUAAAAUUGAUAAUUAUAAUCAUUUGUAUGACACAAAUGAUUUUUUUAAAAUUGAGUCAAACAUGAUAGAAAAGUUUAGUAAUCACAUGAUUUUGACAAAAACAAUUCUUAAAUUAAUUAAGCUAAUUAAUGCUGCCAUAUUAUGUAAUGAACCUGUUUUACUUAUAGGUGAAACAGGUAUUGGAAAAACAAAGAUUUGUGAAAUAUUUGCAAAAAUUUAUGGAAAGAAAUUUGUAUUUCUUAAUAUGCACAGCGGUAUAGAAAGUUCUGACUUUACUGGAAAUUUUAUGCUCUACGACAAGAAAAUAAAAUGGCAAAAUGGUCCACUUUUAAGUUCUGUUAUUGAAGGAAAUUUUUUUUUAAUUGAUGAAAUAAAUCUUGCUGAAGAUGCAGUACUUGAAAGACUUAAUAGCUUAUUGGAAGAUAAAAGAGAGAUAUUUGUAACUGAAAUUGAUCAAAAUUUUAUAGCACAUGAAAGUUUUGUUUUAUUUGCUACAAUGAAUCCCGGAACAGAUUUCGGCAAAAGAGAACUAAGCUUAGCCUUAAGAAAUAGAUUUACCGAAAUUUAUUAUUCCCUUCCUGCCUCGGAAAUGUGUGAAAUUUUUGAUACAAUGCUGGUUAAGAGAAAUUUAGUUAAUUUUAAAUUUACUAAAGAUUUGAUUUUAAAAGCGCAUUCUUUGCGAAAUUUUGAAUUAUUUUGCGAAUUUUUAGGCUGUGUUAAAAAUCAAAAUUUACUUGUUAAAAUUAGCGAUAAGAUUUCACAGCAGGAAAUAUUACAAGAAGCGAAAAAUUUGGCUUUUAGCUCUAUUGAAAAUAAUUGUGACUUUAUUUUUAAAGAUUCUUUGAAAGUUUUAUCUAUUUAUCCUUUUUUAAUUGAAAAAAAAGCAGAUUCGAAUUUUGAUUUUGAGAAUAAAACAACAUUAUGUAAUUUAAAAAAGAUUUUACGAGCUCUGGUUGUUAACAAAGGAAUUUUAUUAGAAGGAGAACCUGGUGUAGGAAAAACAAGUAUUAUUUUUAACCUAUCAAAAAUAGUUGGUAAAAGAUAUAUUAGAAUUAAUUUAUCAGAACAGACGGAAUUAUCCGAUCUAAUAGGUACUUUUUUACCUGUUGGAAACGAAGUUAAAUUUGUCAAAAGUCAAUUAACGAAAGCCUUAGAGCUUGGUUGGUGGAUUAUCUUAGACGAAAUUAAUCUUUGCUCUCAAAGUGUUAUAGAAGGUUUAAAUUCUGUUUUAGAUUAUAGAAAAAGACUAAUUUUACCAGAAUGUACAAUUUAUGUUCAUCCUGAAACUAAAAUUUUUGCAACUAUGAAUCCUUUUAAUAAUUUAAAUGGACGUAAAAUUUUACCUAAAAGUUUUAGGGACAGAUUUGUUAAUAUUUACAUGAAUGAAUACAAUAUUGACGAUAUAAAAAAGAUUUUACAAAAAUCUUUUAAAAAUUAUAAAUUGUUUCCUAAUUGUUCAUUAAGAGAAAACAUUAAAAGAAAUAUUUGUAUUGUUUCAGAAAAAGAAAUUACAUAUAAAAUUAUUGAUAAAUCGUUUAUAUUUGGAAAUUUUAAUUUUAAUAUAGAAAAUGCUAAUAUUUCUUCUGAAUAUGUGUUUAUACAUUCACAACUAAAACAACUCGAAAUAAUAUUUAAUGCAGUUUAUUAUAAAAUUCCAUUAAUUAUUGAUGGUGGUUUCGGAAUUCAGUCAUUGAUUAAAUUUUUAUCACAAUUAUUUGAUAUUCCAAGUUAUGAUUUAAUCUGUCAUAAAGAUAUUGACACUACUGAUUUAUUGGGACAAUAUUAUAAAAAUGAAGAUGGUGUAUUUGUAUGGAGGGAUUCUUUAUUAAUUCAAAAUGUCAUCUCAGGAUCACUUUGUAUUUUUUAUAAUCCCGAAUUGAUUGAGAAAUGUAUAUUUGAUAGAUGUAAUUCACUGUUUGAAAGUGAUCGGUUUAUUAAUAUUUAUGAAAAAGGAAUUGAUACAGAUGUUUUGGUCAACGAGAAAACCAGAUUUGUAUUAUUGGUAGAUAAUUUAGUAAAUUUAUCUCCAGCUCUAAUAGACCGAUGCAUAGUUGUUAAGUUAUCAAAUGUGUUGUCAUAUAUCGACGUUUGGAAAAUUUUUUUUAGAGAAAAAUCGACCUAUUCAGCCAAUUUUCAAGUUAUAAAAGAUGAAUUAUUAGACAAAAAAUGUAAUAAGAAGUUAAAACUUGCAAAUAUUAAUUUUUCUGAUUGGGUUAAGAACGAACCCGUCCCUUUUGAGAAUAUAGAUCUUGCUUAUAAAAAAUUUAAUAGAUUAUCUGAAAUUCCAAAUUUUUUUGUAAAAAAUCUAAGUAAUAUUUAUAAUGAGAUUUUUGAGUCAAACAUUGAUGAAAUGUUUAAGUUUUAUAAAAAAGAUAUUUUUUUUGAUGAGACUAAAGUUCAAUAUAUUGAAUUUUAUAAAAAUAUAAAUUUUAAUAUUCGAGUAGGUAAGAAUGACAGAGAAAAGUUACAAAUUUUAAAAAAUAUAGAAAAAGGGAAUGAAAAUAUAAAAGCACUUACUUUUAUCAAAAAUUUAAAUUUAGAAGUUUUGAGCAUGAAAAAUGCCAAUAAAAAUGAAUGUGAACUUAGUAUUCCAUUAACUAUACAAGAACUCAAAGAAGAUUUACUAUUUUCUUACAAGGAUAAAUCACUAAAAGAUAUUCACCCAUUGAAUAUAUUAUCUUUACUAGCAGCAGAUAUAAAUUUGAUCUUUAUUAUAAAUUUUGAUGAUCAAUAUUUUGAUAUGUUAUUAAACCUUAAAACUGAUCCACUUCUUUGCUACAAAGAAUAUCUUACGUGGGAAAAACAAAUGAAAGAAAACGAUAUUUUACAGAAUAUUUAUGAUAAUAUUAAAUCUAUUUAUAAAUAUGGAAGAGGAGAAAUUUCUAGUUUAUUACAUGAACUAGAGAUUCUUAAUAACAAUUUUUCUAUAGAAAUUUCAAAAAUUAAUAUAAAAUUAGAUAGAAAUUUUGAGGAGUUCAAAAGUAAGUUUUUGAAUUUAGAUUUAUGUUCUUAUUAUUCAGACAAUUGCAAUUAUAGUUUGUUUAAUAGAUUUGAUGAUAUUUUAGAUUAUUACUUAUUAUUUUUAUAUAAUUUAAGAAAAUAUUCAAAAAGGUGUUUGGGAUUUUGUAAAAAAUUAAUAAAUACGCAAAAUUUGACCUAUGAAGAUUAUCUAAGAAAUUUAAAAAAUUUUGUUUUUGAAGAAGAAGAAGAAGCAAAACAUGUAUCUUAUAAAAAUGUUGUAGCAAAUUUUUUGCACAAUAAAGAAUUGUUAAAUCAUCUUAAGGAUUUUAAUUAUACUAAGUUCUCAGAUUAUUUAUGUAAGUUUAUUUAUAAUAUCAGAUACAAAAAAGGUUUAGAUUUGUCAAAUUUAAUUUUUGAAGCUUGUAUUUACAAGAACGUGUUUUUUAAUUGCAUAGAAGGAAUAGAUCCUCAAUGUCAGCUACCAGAAUUAUACAUUAAUGAAUGUCUGAAAGAUAUUUCUAAAGUCAAAGAAACUGCUCAAAUUUUAGAUAAUAGACAAUUUACUUUAUAUUAUACUUAUGAUUUAGUUAACUUAAUCAGUUCACUAAGUCAUUUGUCAAUAUUUAUUAAGCCUGAAGAUCUUUAUGAAAAAAUAAUUGAAUAUUUGAAAACUAAUAAAGUGCAUAAAACAUUGGCUGAUAAUAUUUUGUCGAUAAAUAAUCUCGAAGAAAAAAUUUCAGAUUUCGUUUUAGAUGAAAGAAAAGUGUUUAAUGAUAUGAAUAUUGCAUUGAAAAAAAUUACUAAAUACUUUAAAAAUUCUGAUUCUUUGACAUGGCCUACAAAUUAUAAGUAUUUUUUAUAUUUAGAAAUACAUAAUCUGACACCAGAGAUGGCAGAAAGAUAUUUUUUUGACUGUCAAGUUUACGAAUUUUAUGAUAGAAUGAAAUUUGCAGAAUUAAAGGCAAUUGACUCAAGAUCUGUAUUAUUUUAUAAUCUUGUAUUGCAAUAUAAGGCAUUUGAAAUAGAAAGUCAAGUUAAUAAAAAAAUUAAUGAAGCUAGAAAUAAACUUAGAAAAGAACCUAAAUUGUUUGAAAAGAUUAGAAAUGAAGUUAUUGAGUUUGUUACAUUACCUACUACAAAUAUUUUAGAUUUAAGUUUUAAUAAACCGCAAUGUUGUUGUAAAGAUGUUAAUAUUAAUUUGAUUUUAUAUAAGUUUACAAAGGAUAUAGCAGAUAAGUGUAUUUGUGAAAGAUUUAUUAAUUUAGCUGAAGACUUUAACAGGAACGCUAUACAAAAUAUGUUAGAUGGAAUGGUAUUUCAAAAUGUAAUACCGUGUUAUUCAAAAAAAUAUCUAAUUACUAAAUUUUACAAUAGAAAGGUAGAUGAUAAAUUUUCUUACAAUGAAAUAUGCCUUUCUAAGGUAAUAAAUAAAAUAACAGAAGAUUCUACACAUCUUAAGUUAAUAUCAUUUGCUUUGGAAAAUCCAUUUCCACCAUUUCUGUAUUUUAUUUUUCACUUUGCAGAUGACAAUUCAAAUGAAUAUGAAGACGGCACAGGAAUAAAAGGUGGAACUGGAGAGAAAAACAUUAGUGAUAAAAUCGAAGAUCAGGAUGAGAUUAGUGACGAAUAUUCCAAUAAAAAUAAUGUAGAAGAAGAAGAUGGUAUUGAUUUUGAAAAUGAAGGAUCAAUGUCAACAGUAGAUGAAUCAGAAGAUAAAAAUAAUGACAUAGGAGUUGAUGGGAACGAAGAUAGCGAACAAAAAGAAAAUGUAGAAGAAAAAGAAGAUGAAGAAAAUUAUAAUUUUGAAGAUAAUGAAGGAGUCGGUGAAAGUUCUGAUGGAUUUGAUGAAGGUAUUGAAGAAGAAAACAAUGGAUCAACAUGUUCAGAAAACGAACAAGCCGUUAAUGAUCCCUUAAUUAAUCAAAAUGAGGAGUUAUUGUUAGAUCAUAAAAAUGAUGUGAUAACAGAGUAUCAAUAUAAAGAAGGACAACUUAAUCAAAAUCAGACAUGCGAAGAAGCAGUUGAUUAUGACAGAAAAGUUUUUGGAGAAAAUUUAGAAGAAGCAUUGUGCCCAGGGGAAGGCAUAGAGGAAAUAGAGGGCAAUCAAAAUAAAGGAGAAAAAGAAUCAGUUGAUCACGUUUUAGAUAUUUCUUACAAAGAGUCGACCUCCGAGAAAUUGAUAUUAAUGCUUAGAAAUAUUUUAGAAUCAAAUAAAUACAGUAAGUUUAUAGGAGAUUAUAAAUCAGGCAAAAAAUUAAACUUAAAAAGACUUAUUCCAUAUAUUGCUAGUGAUUAUAGGAAGGAUAAGAUAUGGAUGAAAAGAAGAAGAAGUGAUAAAAAAGAAUAUAUUAUAAGAAUAUUUAUAGAUAAUAGUAAAAGUAUGUACAACCAAGAGAUGGUUAAUAUAUUAUUUAUCUUGUUUUCUCGAUUAAAAAACUCUUUUAAAGCUCUUAACAUUCCUGUACAACUUUAUAGGUUUGGUAAUAUUUUAGAAGAAUGCGAAAUUCAAGAUAUGACAUUUACAGACAAUGAAACUAAUGUUGACUGGAUCGAAGAAUUUAAAGAUGGUGUUAAUAUUGUAUUAACAGAUGGUAUCUUUCAGAAGACAGGUUUUUAUAAUAAGAAUUUUUUAGUAAUAUUAAUAGACAAGAAUGAUAUUUGUAACAUGUCAAAGGUGUCUGUUACUGAUGGAAAUAUUUUUAUACAAAAAUAUUUAGAAUUAUUUAGCCUUAGAUAUUGCGUCAUAAAAAAUAUUGAAGAAUUAGAAAGUACCUUUAUACUAGCACUAUCUGAAUUAAUUAAAAAUUAUUAA